CUGUGAUAUAUCGGGGGUCAUAUGGCAGGUUGCCUUUAUGUAGACGGUUCAAAUUCCCUUCGACUUCCAUUGCUGGCUAAGAAUAACAACAUCCAAGAACCAGUAUAGCUCCCAUUCUUUAACCCAGCACGACGUCUAUUCGAUACGACACAGACUUAUUUCACUCAUUGGAUAUUUGUUACCUUACGAGUUAUCAGGAUGUCAUCCAUGAGUGUCGACACGGUCGAGUUGUACGGCCCUGGGAUGUCCUUCUAUCUAUCCAAGCCCAGGACACGAGCCUCUACUUCGAGUUCAGGGUCGGAGGUAUCAUCGGCAGCAUCGGCAGCAGCAUCGGCGGCAGCAUCGACUUCGUCUUCGUCUUCAUCACUCGAGGUGCUUUCCCUAGGUAAACUCGAAGAGAAUCAGUUGUGCUAACCAACGUAGAAAUAUACCACCACUCUCAACGCACUCGCCAGCCUUAACCAUAUCCUGGAGGCCAAG